AUGUCCAACAAGACGCUCCUAGUCCGCGCUCCAUCCUCGCGAAUGGCCGAGGGCCAAAUCACGCACAUUGCCAAGCCCUCUUCCGUCUCCCACGAAGACGCACUCAAGCAAUGGGCAGCCUACAUCGACAUCUACCGUUCCGAGGGGUGGACGAUUGUGGAAGUGCCCGUAGCAGACGACUGCCCAGACUCUGUGUUCAUCGAGGACACCGUUGUCAUGUUCGGUAACACGGCCGUCAUUGCUGCUCCAGGGACGCCUAGCCGCGCCCCGGAGCCGGUUGAGGUCGAGAAGGCUAUCCGGAAGGCGCUGCCGCAUAUCAAGGUCCACAAGAUCGAGGGCGAGGGGACGCUGGACGGUGGAGACGUGCUCAAGGUCGGCAAGGAUGUUUAUGUCGGUUUGGGUGGGCGGACGAAUGGAGAGGGGAUUCGGCAGUUGCGGCGCAUCGUGCAUGCUGAGGGGUACACGCUGCAUGCUGUGCCGGUUACCAAGGCGCUUCACCUGAAGUCGGCAGUCACGGCCCUCCCAGACGGCACCGUCAUUGGGUGGAUGCCCAUUGUCGACAAUGCCGGCAUCUUCCCCCGCUUCAUGCCCAUCCCGGAGGAGCAUGGCGUCGCCGUCGUCGUCCUCUCCGACGAGCACGUCCUCAUGUCCAACGACGCGCCCGAGACCACCAACCUUCUCCAGCGCAUGGGAUACAAGGUGACUACCGUCGGCAUCUCCGAGUUCGAGGCACUCGAGGGGUGCGUCACUUGCCUGUCUGUGCGUGUGCGUUAG